CAAUAAUCUUCUCAAGACAAAAUGGUUACAGGCCAAAAGCUUCCAUCCUUUCUCUUUUUUCAGCUGAUUCUUGUUCUUCAGGUCUUAUACCACAGCAAUGCACAGGGCUUGAAACUCGGGUAUUACCACAAGACCUGCCCUAAUGCAGAGUCUAUUAUCUGGAACACAACUCAUCAAAUCAUUUCUCGAGCGCCUACUCUUGCCGCUCCUUUGCUCAGGAUGCAUUUCCAUGACUGCUUCGUUAGAGGAUGUGAUGGUUCAGUGCUUCUAAAUUCCACAAAGACCAACCAAUCUGAGAAAGAUGCAUUCCCCAACCUAAGUUUACGAGGCUUCCAUGUGAUUGAUGCUGUAAAAUCUGAAGUCGAAGAAGCAUGUCCCGGUGUGGUUUCUUGUGCGGAUAUCCUUGCCUUAGUAGCUCGAGACUCAGUUUCCAUGAUACAAGGACCCUUCUGGGAAGUUCCUCUUGGCCGAAGAGAUGGAAGAGUUUCAAUUUUGAAUGAGGCCUUAACAAACUUGCCUUCUCCUUUUGCCAACAUAACACAACUAAAACAACUGUUUGCUACUAAAGGUCUAAACGAGAAAGAUCUGGCGGUUCUAUCAGGAGGACACACCGUUGGGACAUCUCAUUGCGUUGGAUUCAGCAACCGCCUCUACAAUUUCACUGGCAAAGGUGACACUGACCCAUCUAUGGAUCCAAACUACAUUGUUAAAUUGAAGCAAAAAUGCAAGCCUGGAGACAACACAACGCUGGUGGAGAUGGACCCCGGAAGCUUCAAGACCUUCGACGAUAAUUACUACACUCUUGUAGCCAAGAGAAGAGGGCUCUUCCAAUCUGAUGCCGCCCUUCUCAAUGAUGCAGUAAUUAAAGCUUAUGUCUUCCUUCAGGCUUCUACCCAUGGAUCUACCUUUGCUAAAGAUUUUGCUGCGUCAAUGGUGAAGAUGGGCAAAUUUGGAGUCCUCACUGGCAAGCAAGGUGAAAUCAGGAAACAUUGUGCUUUGGUCAAUUAAUUGAAAACUUCCCCCUUUUUAUUAGAAAUUUUAUUAUUUUUAUGACAUCUUAAUCAAAAUGUGAUUGAAUUUGCAACAAAUUAAAGUUGCGUUGCAUUCUUUGUGUUAUAACUUAUGUGUAUGGCUUUUCAAAUUGCUGCCAUACAUUGUUGCUGAGUGUAAUUUAUGAAAAUAGUUAU